AUGCACAAGAGUUCUUCAAUAAUAAAGGCUGCAGUUGAAAGGAAUAACCCAUAUAGAAUUUAUCCCGAAUCGUCACUGACAGGCUUUGCUUUAUCGACUAUGGAGGAUGGCCAGAAGCCCCAGCAAUUGAAAGAUAAGUCCACUGUGGACUCCGCAUUGUUGCUGCCGUUUGCAGAUGCACCAAGUAUAGUCCAGGCACAUCAAAAAGACGAUCAGAUAGAGUCUACACUGUCAGGUAAAAUCGAAGAAGUGGUCAAGAGCUUAAAAGGACAACUUUAUUUGAAUGAGCAUCCAAAAGAAAUAUCAAUCGCUGUGAAAUUGCUUUAUCUGAGCCUUACGACCCUUGUUGGUAAUAGGACACUGGGUGAAGAGUAUGUCGAUCUAAUAUACAUCAAUAACAGGGGCAACCGGUUGGUACAAAGAUACAAGAAACUUUUAUUCAUUCUUACAUAUACGUUAGGACCAUAUUUGGGGUCAAAAAUACUAAAAAGAUGGAGCAAAAGCCAAGAAGAAUCGGAGGAUCAUGAUGAAAAGAAAAUGUCAUGGAAGGAUAUUACAAAUACGCUUUUAAACGUUCAUAUGAUGAUAUUUUAUUUCAAAGGUGCUUAUUACGAUAUUUUCAAAAGAGUGUUUGGACUUAGAUAUGCCAUUGGUCACAAAGUGGAAGAUGAGGAGUCCAAAUUCAGACAAACAAGCUCCAACAGUUACAAGAUCUUAGGGUAUUUUUUGUUAUUCCAGAGUGUGUUUAAAGGUGUGCCGGCAAUAUUGCAACAGCUCAAAUCAUUAUUAGGACAAACUAGCAAAUCUCUAAGCAACUUAGAGAGCGAAAAACAUUUGAAAGGCGGGAGAGACCAGAGUGAAAUUAAGGGAGUCCCCAACGAUUCCCAGAUUUCUCAUAUAAACCUAGAGGACCCAUCACAAUUGCCCUUUAUACCUUCCGCGUCGAGGAACUGCAUCUUGUGUCUUAACGAAAUGACAGACCCCAGUUGUCCUCCUUGUGGCCAUCUUUUCUGCUGGGCGUGCAUAAUGAACUGGUGUAAGGAAAGAGAGGAAUGUCCCCUGUGCAGGCAAAGAUGCCUGCGGCAGCAGAUUUUGCCGCUCAGGUAG